UGUUGGUUUUAUUGCUUGUGAAAGUUGAGAUCUUGUCUUUUGUUUCUCAUCUACAGGUGCGAAGAUAGAUUUUUUUUGCCGAUUAAUUGGAUAAUUUUUCAAGAAACAUGAGCCAGCCACCAUUAAUUUAUAGUUUUGUGGCUAAAGGGAGUGUUGUGCUUGCUGAAUACACUCCCUUUUCGGGGAAUUUCAGCACUAUUGUUGUCCAAUGCUUACAGAAUUUGCCUCAAAAUAAUAAGAAAUUCACCUUCUCAUCUGAUUGCCGCACAUUCAACUUCCUGGUUGACAAAGAAUUUGUGUUCCUCGUGGUAGCUGAUGAAGCAUCUGGAAGAAGUGUUCCAUUUGUGUUUCUAGAACGUGUCAAGGAUGAUUUCAUGCACCGCUAUGGACAAAGUAUCAGUGGUAACAACUCCCAUCCACUCAUUGAUGAGGAAGAUGCUGAUAUGUUUGGGGACAGAUUUAGCACUGCUUACAAUCUUGAUAGGGAAUUUGGUCCAAGGAUGAAGGAGCAUAUGGAGUAUUGCAUAAAUCAUCCAGAGGAAGUGAGCAAACUUUCAAAGCUGAAAGCUCAUAUAACUGAGGUUAAAGGAAUAAUGAUGGACAAUAUAGAAAAGGACUUCUGCAGCAUGUACAAUUCUUCUGUUUUGUUCUUUGCUGUAGUUAAGUAG